CUGCUCUGGCACCACACGCUUACGAGUCUGACAUCCGAUAUCCGAGAAGCACUCAGCGUGCCAGAACCCACCAAGGGCAGUCACGUACUCAACAUCCUCGAAUUCCGUAAGCUUCAGCCCAUUACGGAACUACACGGCAUAGAGUUUUUUGAUGCGUGGCAGCAGUGUAUCAAGUGCCAUGCUACUCUGUGGAGGAAAGGGAUGUAUCACCGGGAUGUCAACCCUGGAAACAUGAUGUGGUACGAGAACGACGGGAAGUUGAUAGGCGUUUUGAACGACUAUGAUCUGUCCUCGUUGGUGGGUGACGCAGGUCCUCGGGACAACGAUCGCACGGGCACGGUGCCAUUCAUGGCACUCGACCUUCUGAGGGAAGGUGGCGAAGUCAAACAUUUGUAUUGUCGCGAUCUGGAGUCAUUUUUAUGGGUUUUCAUUUGGAUUUGCUUGCGAUACAGGGAUGGAGUCCUUCUGCCAACGGAAUCGCGCCCUUUGGAUGAAUGGGCGACCAAGAGCGCCGUAGAAUGUGGCAACCACAAGUUCGUUUUCUUAAACUGUCUGCGAUAUUACUACCCCAAGGACAUCAAUAAACGUGUGGGGUGUUUCCUCGUGGAUUGUGUCGAGAUGCUUCGACAGAAUGACGCAGAUCGAGCUUCUCGCCUCAACCUGCUACUGAAGCUAGGGGCAACCAAUCACAUCGACGAUUUUGUGACCCGAUGA